GCCUCGCCGCCCGUCAGCCGCCGGGGAGCCGCGGCCGAGGCGCAUGGAGACAGCGGCCGCCGCGCUGUGCUGGGUUCUUUUCUUCCAUCUUCCUCUCAUCUCUGGAAGCUCCAUCCGUAUUGGAAUAGGCAGCAAUUAUUCCCAUCUCUAUGAACAAAGCAUUCUGCCCUGUAAAAAAGAAGAACUACAGUGUGGUGAUGGACUGUGCCUCUUGAACUGGCUGCACUGUCACUAUAAGAAGGACUGUGGCAGAGACUACAUGUCCAUCAAACUAACAUGCUCCAAACUUCACUUGAACCACAGCAGCCCAAGCAGUGAAUUCCCCAGCUACAAUGAAAUUGGAAAUGAUACCAGUUUACUUGUUUCACCUCUUCUGGUGGCUGGAGUAGUCAUUGGACUUGUGCUCUUUCUAUCCUGUGUUACAAUCAUUGUUGGCAGUCUGAGAAAGGACGGACGGUUAAGACACCCACAUCUGAGGAGAGAUGCUGUUUAUGCUCUAGAUGGCUUCUCUUAUGGUGGCUCUUUUGGAGAGCUGAGAUCUACCUGCAUGGAGGAGUUUCCCCCAGCUUUUGAUUUUGGUUCCUAUCUGGAUACACUUUCUCAGGUCAAUGUCAUGUAUCCUGAUUCACCUCCACGCUACGAUGAAUGUGUGGGGCCAGGAGCAACACAAGUAUAUAUUCCCACAGAUGACCCUCCUCCAUAUUCUCUUACGGACCCUUGUCAAAGAAAUGAAGUAUCCAUGAACAUUAGCUUGGAAGAAGAAGCAGCAUCUGGGACUACAGGACAGGCUGCAAAUUAUGCAGUCAGGCUGCAGGACUUGCAGCCCAUUUCAUCCAUCUCUUUGUCAUCUCUCACUCUGGAGGCAGCUCCCCUGUAUGAGACAGUGGUGUGUGAACAGAAUAUGCCUAUCCCACUUGGACCAAUGGAAGUACUGAAAAAUUUCCACUAUGAGACUCUACUGAAUCAAAUUGUGUGA